UCUUUACCGACCCAACCCUGCUAAGAAAUGAAUAUAAACAAUAGUGUAAAAUAUGUACGUCAAGUAAUUUGCAAAGUAAUUAACGUGUAUUCGACUUAAUUAUUAUUAAGUCAAUUAUUAUUGUUUUUUUUUUUAAUAAUGCAAAAAAUAUCUAUAUUGUAAAAGAUUGCAAUUUUUGUGCAAAAUGGCUAAACGGGUAGCAGCGCCACGUAUAGUGUUUUAGGUUAAGUCGGUUAAGUGACAUCAGAAUUAAAGUUUCGUCUCGGGGUUUGUGAGAUUUUUUUUCAUCAGUGAAUUAGUGUGUCAUUUUAAUUGUAAAUUCACUUUUGUAUAAAUUAAUUUGCAUAUUGUAAUUGAUUUGUCAAUAAUUAUUACUCAUUGAUAGUAUUUGAAAUAUGCAAAAAUGUGAUGCCAAAAGAUGAUUUCUUAAGGAUAUAUAUAUACUUAUAUUCAUUUAUCAUUUUUAACGUGAUGGGAUGAAAUUUUUCUUAUAAUCAAAAUGUUAAUUGUACAUCUAUUGACUUGCUGCGAUUAAUUAAUCGUAAAAUGGGAGCAAAUAUAUCACAAUUAGAACGAGAUAUCGGAUCUGAUCAAUUUCCACCAAAUGAACACUACUUUGGUUUGGUCAAUUUUGGAAACACUUGUUAUAGUAAUUCUGUACUACAAGCACUAUACUUUUGUCGACCGUUUAGAGAAAAAGUAUUAGAAUAUAAAGCUAGGAAUAAAAGAACCAAAGAAACUUUGCUAACAUGUUUAGCAGAUCUUUUUUAUAGUAUCGCAACACAAAAGAAGAAAGUCGGUUCAAUAGCGCCUAAAAAAUUCAUUGCCAGACUAAGAAAGGAGAAGGAGGAGUUCGAUAAUUAUAUGCAACAAGAUGCUCACGAAUUUCUCAAUUUUCUGAUAAAUCAUAUAAAUGAAAUUAUUUUAGCUGAAAGAAAUCAAAGUAAACCAACUGGAGGUAGAGGUGGCGCCGAAGAUGUUGGAACGCCACCGGAACCAACAUGGGUUCAUGAGAUUUUUCAAGGAAUUUUAACAUCGGAAACACGCUGCCUUAAUUGUGAGACUGUAUCUAGUAAAGAUGAGGAUUUUUUUGAUUUGCAAGUUGACGUGGAUCAAAAUACCUCAAUUACACAUUGUCUAAAAUGCUUCUCAAACACUGAGACACUUUGCAGCGAUAAUAAAUUUAAGUGCGAUAACUGCAGUAGUUAUCAAGAAGCUCAGAAACGAAUGAGGGUAAAAAAGCUGCCAAUGAUUCUGGCUUUGCAUUUAAAGAGAUUCAAAUAUGUCGAACAAUAUAAUAGACAUAUUAAAGUUUCUCAUAGAGUUGUAUUUCCAUUAGAACUUCGACUUUUUAAUACAAGUGAUGAUGCUGUUAAUCCAGAUCGAUUAUAUGAUUUAGUGGCAGUUGUGAUACAUUGUGGUAGUGGCCCUAAUAGAGGACAUUACAUUUCAAUAGUCAAAAGUCAUGGAUUUUGGCUUCUUUUCGAUGAUGAUAUGGUUGAUAAAAUUGAUGCGUCAACGAUAGAAGAUUUCUAUGGAUUAACGUCUGACAUACAAAAAAGUUCAGAGACUGGUUAUAUUUUGUUUUAUCAGUCGAGGGAUUGCAGUUGAGAAUUUUGAAAAGAAAUAAUAUGGAGGUAACUUUUUCAUCUCUAAAAAAGUAUGAUGUGUAAGUAUUCGAUAAAUGAAAAACGAAGGAUUUUCAUUUACUUUUAAAACAAAAAAAAAAAAAAAAUGAUCUUGAACUAAAGAUGAAAUUCCUUCUCUCGUGACGAUAUAUAUACAUAUAUAUAUGUAUAUAUAUAUGUAUAUAUAAAUAAAACGAUCAGCCAUUAUCGAUGCGAGAAAAAAUAGGUUCGAUUAAAAAGGCUUUAGGUCGAUUUUUCUAAUUAAUUGGAUUCUAUGAAUCUAAUAAGUUUUUUUUUUUUUGUUUCUUUUGCUAACGAGCAACGUAAGUUUUUAUUAUUAAUUAUUGAAUAAUCGUGUAAGUGUGUAUAAUUAUUUUUUAUUUCCGCACCAGAGGCCAAACAUUUUUCUGUAACUGUAGAAAUCGAGCGAUACAAUCCUAUUUAAUAAUCCAAUUUUAAUAUUAUAUUCUCUAAUGUGCAUUUAGAUACUAUUCAUUUUACACGAAGUGUUUGCAAAAAAACAGAAAGAAAAAAAAAAAAAAAAAAAAGAAUUUAAGUGACUGCAGAGAUUUUAGUAGUUAUAUAAAUGUUGCAUGUACAAAAUGUAAUUGAUAAAACAACCUUUUUGUUUUGCGAUUGUUGAAUAUGUUGAGUUUUAAGAAUAAAAGUAAAACAAUUUUCUUGAA